AUGAGUGACCUGGACAAAGCUAUCGCACAACUUCGAGCAUGUCGACCCAUACCAGAAGCCCAAGUUCGCGAGAUAUGUCACAAGGCACGCGAGCUGUUGAUUGAAGAGGGCAAUGUCGUCACAGUCUGCGCACCGGUCACAAUAUGUGGCGAUAUACACGGCCAGUUCCACGAUCUAAUGGAACUCUUUCGAGUCGGUGGCGACGUGCCGGACACCAACUACCUUUUUAUGGGCGAUUUUGUCGACCGCGGCUUCUACUCCCUCGAAUCCUUCCUUCUCCUCCUCUGCCUCAAGGUCCGUUACCCCGAUCGCAUGACUCUCAUCAGGGGCAACCACGAGUCCCGACAGAUCACCACAGUCUAUGGAUUCUACGAUGAAUGCUUGCGCAAAUACGGCAGCGCCAACGUAUGGAGAUAUUGCUGCGACGUUUUCGAUUACCUGGCCCUGGGCGCCAUCGUUCUUGGUGCCUCGAAUACCCUAUACCCCGCCAGCGAGAGCCCUUCGGCACAGGAGUACUUGGAGCAAAACACCGAGAUUGAGGUCUGCAACGCAGACCGAGACGUCAUCAGCAGGUUCCCACGUCGGAACAUAGAGGGCGAGGAGCAGAACAAAAGUCCCAACGGCGCACCAGCAGGCACUGGAGACAAGACAGGCCCUCCAGGGUCCGGCGCAUCGGGCUCGAGCGGUGGGUCGAUCGGCAACCCGGCCGGCGCAGUGUUGUGUGUUCACGGGGGCCUCAGUCCGUUGAUAGAUACUGUGGACAAGAUCCGCUUGCUCGAUCGGAAACAGGAGGUCCCCCACGAAGGCGCCAUGUGCGAUCUGCUGUGGUCCGACCCGGACGACAUCGACGGCUGGGGCCUGUCGCCGCGUGGCGCAGGGUUCCUGUUCGGCGCGGAUAUUGUCAGGCAGUUCAACCACAAGAACAACCUGUCGCUGAUCGCGCGUGCGCAUCAAUUGGUCAUGGAAGGGUUCAAGGAGAUGUUCGACACUAGCAUUGUGACGGUCUGGUCAGCCCCCAACUACUGCUACCGCUGCGGCAACGUCGCGGCGCUGCUGGAGCUCUCAGAGGACGAGUCCGGGCUCGGCAUAUUCUCACGGAGCAACGGCGAGGUGAACAGGAGCGACGGCGGGGCGGCGGGCAGGGCGCCGUUGAUGGAGGGUGAGAUAGCACCGCCGAGCGUCGGGCCGGCGAGGCGGUACAGAGUGUUUCAAGCAGCACCGCAGGAUUCAAGAGGCAUGCCGGCCAAAAAACCGGUGGCUGAUUACUUCUUGUAG